CUACCAUUCUCUCUGAAUUACAUUGUAAUGGCAAGUGCUAAUGAAAGUGGGCGUACCCACAACAUGCCCUAUGUGCGAGCAUUCUUGACCGAGAAUCCAGAAGUGGGUCUAGAUAUAUUAUCAAAUCGAUAUAAAGACGCUCAAAAGCUGGAUACAGAAUUAGCUGACUAUUUCAAAGAGAGAGCAUCCAUAGAGGAUCAAUAUGCUAAAAGCCUCGUAAAGUCGUCGAAGAAGUUAUUUAUGUCAGAUCCAACAGUGCUAGGGAAACUGGCACCAGUUUGGUCAAAGUUGUUAGAUGAGUUGACAGAGACCUCGAACAUACAUGCUGCGUUAGCGCAUUCCAUCAUGGCUGAAAUCGAAGUGGAGAUGAGAAAUCAAUCUCAGAGAUAUCAUGCACCACUACAGAUGUUACAGCAUGGCAUGAGCGAAUUUGCUACAAGCGGAAAGAAGAACAAAAAGAACAAGAAAGGUCUGGAUCGCACAGGAUCUAUUCUGUUCAAACGGGGAACCAGCGAGAAAAAUGUACUUCAAAAUCAGGCAGAAUCGACCUGGUCAGUUAAAGGUCCAGAAAUCCUCUCAGAUCUCCAAGUGGCUGACACGCGGCGGCUGGAUCACGUCAAGAGGACUAUUCAAAAGUUUGAGGAAAUUCAAACAGAGCACUUGAAGCAACAAAUUAGUAUGGCGGAUACAACAUUGUCUCUUUGUAUCAGUUACGAUGUAGAGGAAGAAGUGAACAGUUUUGCUCAAACACAUGGAAGAAACCUCAAAGUGCUACAACCACGUGUCCAAGAUUCCAUUCAGAACACACAACCAACCCCAACGAGAACUGCUCCUGCAGCAGUCCCACUUUCUGCUCCAGCCCCUGCUCCAGCUCCAGCUCCAGUUGCUCCUCCAAGUACGACUCGAACUCUAACAUCAACUUCAGUUCCACAACAACCAAGUCCCCAACUCCUUCCUCGGCCAACAGGCACUCUAUCCAAUGGAGCUCCUAGAAAGUCUUCAAACAGAGAUAGUAAAUUGUUCUCUGCCCUGACUUCGAUACGACGAAAGCCAAAGGCCGAGAAACUCAAUGACACGCCUAGCGACUAUAAUUCUCAAAUGGAAAUCAUCACAGAACCACCAUCUCCAGGCCGGCGACAAAUAGAACAGGCCGAUUCCCGCCAAUAUUACACAUCUGCCAGGAAGCUCAGUGAUACCUCAUUACCUAUCCAAUCACCAUCCGCAGUACCUGUUGAUGAACAGGGUUAUUCAGUACCCCCAGCAACCAAAUCUCGGAUACCAGAUUUUGAUACAGGAGAUAAUGUGAGUGAUGGAUUGUUCGAUGACGAGCAGCAACGUGCCAAUGUCAAAUACCACGUUGAUAUAAAGCAAAACACGGUGCACGAAGAAAAUGAGGAGGACAACCAUACACUGCAAAGGAUGGCUUCAAUGCUAAAAGAGAAAAAUUCAAGCGUUCCACGGCGUCCUCGAGGAAGGCGAGACCCUGCUCGUAAUAGCACACUUAAUGAAAGAUGGCCAACCGAUGCGUCGCUCAAUGUCGCAACCCCUCACGGCGUGGUUCGGGACGCAUCAGUGUCGACGUUUGAUUCUAAUAGUUACAAUCCUUUCUUAGCUUCCUCUGUGGAAUCACAUCAUUCACCCACAUCUAUGACACCCUCUUCAUCAGUUUCGGCUAGCCCGACUAUGGGAUCUAUGGAGCUUCCUGCUAUGCACUCACCAUUACCAACUGUUGAGGAAUCUUCAUCACUUAGUCUGGCUGCUUCUAUUGUAGAAACUGUGAACCUCAAGCUGACUAACGGAGAGCUUGAGCAAAUCCAGGUCAUUGGAGAAAUCGCGUUGCAAUGCAGUGGACCUGCAAAUACUGCAGAUAUGUUGGUGUUCCGACUGGAGAAGCAAAACAAUAUCGAAAGCCUCUUGCCGAACAAAAAUAUAUUACGUAUUCUUAACGAAGAAGAAGGUAUUUUUGGAAUUGGUCGAGCUGAAGCUUCAGCAUUGCGAGGAAGAAAUGUUGUGUGCUUCAAGUACAAGUUAAAGCCGUCCAGCAUUAGCAGCAACGACGUUUUACCUAUUAAUUUCAUUCCAGCCUGGCGCGUGGAAGAAACUUGUGUUAAGCUAAUGAUCAAGUACCAAGCAAAUACCAAUAUGACAGCAAAACACGCAACUCUCUGGGUCAAACCUGGAAGCAAGAAUGUUACAUCAGUUCAGAGCACGCCUCAAGGUACAUGGAAUCCUGAACGUACUGUUCUAUCUUGGGAUGCAGACAACAUCAAAAUGGAUGGGUCCUCAAACCAACUUCUUGCAAGAUUUGCCAUCACCCCUAACACCACUACAACUCAGCCAAUGGUGGCACUGACCUUUAGUAGCGAUGGACCCAGUGCCUCCAAUAUUUCUAUCACAACUAUCGAACAACCUAUGGAAAGCAAUUAUCAUCGAGUCCAAGCCCAAGUAAUUCACCGGACCCUGCGAUCAGGUCGUGUGAUUGGCACUUCUUAGAGAUAUAAAUUUAUCGGUAUUGACCGACUAAGCCAAUGGCCCCUAAGCCAUUUUAUAAUAAACAAGCGUUCUUAUAAUUAUG